GACACACGCGUGACACUACCCCUUUACUCUUCACCGUCGCCCAAGGCUCUCUCUUUCUCAACUAAGCAUUCUUGUUCUCUCUCAUGAUGGACGACGACCUCAUUGUUGUUGACGAUGUUGACGAUAAUGAGCUGUCUCAACCCAAUGGUAACUCCCAAGCCGGUCCAAGCUACACACCGUCACAUACCACGAAUCCACGGACUGGCAUGAGCACCCGGCACUCUACGCGACCUCGACCUACACUGGACUAUGCUGCUAUCGAGGGAGACAGCUUCGAUGAUGAUAGAGGCAGGGAGACGAGAUCUACUCGUGCUUCGACAUUGAGAGCUCGGCCGCAACCGAAAUUGAAGCUGAAGCUGAGUGAGAAGGCUGCAGCUCAAGCUCCUGGAAUGUCAUUCUUGGGUCCAUACGACAGGGAGUUGGAUUCUGAUGACGAGGAUCUGGCGUUUGAAGAACAGUUCAUACUUCGAAUGCCUCCCGGAGAAGAUUGCGAGAGACUGAAGCAGACGGUUGCCGCACGCGAAGUCGGUUCUGAUGUUUGGUUUAAAUUCAAAGGUAAGUCUUCAAGCACCAUCGGUUUCGAAUGGUUGCUGACAUGCAACGUAGACUCUCGAAGAGCUAUCUUCCACAUGGGCAACAACACCUACUCUGCGAAACUAGUUGAUCUUCCUUGUAUCAUUGAAUCCCAGAAGACACUGGACAAUAAGCAGAUGUUCAAAGUUGCCGACAUAUGUCAGAUGCUCGUGGUUGGUGACUGCAUUCCGGAUGAAGACGUUGUAACACAGCAGAAGAGCUUCAACGUCGAUGAGUUCAUUUGGCCACAUGGAAUUACACCUCCUCUGCACUGGGUUCGCAAACGCAGAUUCAGGAAACGUUUAGCUCGAAGUACUAUUGAAACUGUUGAGCAAGAGGUGGAGCGGCUACUUGAGGAGGAUGCGCUUGCAUCCGAUGUGAAAUACGACGUUCUGGAAAAUGUUAACCCUGACAUGUCUGACUCCGAAUUCAUUGAGAGGGAUGAACAGCUGGAAACCUCUACAAUGUUUGGAUCUGAACUGGGUGAAGCGAUGACACCUGGAGCAGAGAUGGGUGAAGGUGAAGGUGAAGAAGAGGGUUACGAGGAGGGCGAGGGUGACAUUGAUGAGGAACUAGCAGCAGAAUUGGACCUGGCAUUAGUAGGCGGUGAAGGUGAGGAGGCUGAGGAGGAGGAGGAAGAAGAGGAAGAAAGUUCAGAAGAAGAAGAGGAUGAGGACGAAGAUGACGAACUUGCGCAGGCGAGGAAGGUUCUUAACGAGGAGAUCCGAGACCUCGAAGCUGCUGUUGCGAAGAAGGGUAACGAGAUUGCUAGUUCUGCAAAUCCUCUUAUUCGCCGACGAUUCGAAGAUGCUAUGAAGAAACUCCAGGCAGAUCUCGAAAUGAAGCUUGCUCAAAGAGAGCAAAUGUACGAGCAACGUUCGCCGCAGGAGGGCGAUAUAGAAGAUGGAGACACCGAGGGCGGCGUCGAGGAGGGAGAUGGGGAUCUCGAUGCAGACCUCGCGAAUGGUCUGUUUGGUGAUGAUGAAGGUGUAGACAUGGAUGUAGGAUGAGUUAUUUAUACAGGCCGCAGCUCUCCGCCCUUUAUUUUACUGGAUUAUAUGAGCAUGCCGCGCUGAGCAUCGCGCUGUAUCUCUAUCUACUGCUACGGCGGCAAGACAGAAACUAUAGCUGCUUGAAGCACCAAAGGCGAAUAAAUUAUACAAACAAACAGUGCAAACCAUGCUCCCAACACUUCCCAGUUCCAGAUUGCCUCCUGAACCUCCUUUCUACAAAGAACCAACCAACCGAAUCCCAAGACGGCGUAAAUAGUAUAUCCCGCGAGUUUGAUACCCAGUGACGACCGGCUUGGAGACGAGUACGAGAGUGGCACACCAAGCGACACUGCUAGCGCAGCGGCAAGUGAGAAAUUGAGCACAGAUGUGACGGAUAUGACUGUAGAUGCAAAGCAAAGAUUGAAGGCUUUCAAGGUUUUGGAUAGUGGUGCGACUGCUUGAGGCGGAGAA